CCACAACCCACAGCGUUGUUUGUGUUUGUGUUGGCAGUGGUGGCCGUGGGACCUGAUGGAUGGAGCCACUGUUGUGCCUCCCCACCCAUGCCGGAAACACAGGGUGGCGCACAAGCACCAGCACCAACUGCUUCCUCUGAGUACUGUGCUCAGGCGUGGGAAGCACUCGCACAGCGCGCGCAACACCACCAACACCAACACCAAGAAGACAACACCGAGAGCCUGCGUGCCCAUGUUGCUGCCACGACCUCUCCGAGUUCGCCGUCCAUGCUGGCAGCUCCGGUGAUUGAUGAGCUUGCUUUUGGUGCCUCUGAUGAUCCACUGCGCGUGGCUGUUUGGACCCUCUGUGGCCCUCCCCAGCCCCCGAUCCAAAUGCCACAGGAACAACAACAACCACAACAACAACAACAACAACAACGACGAGUACAACAACAACAACGAGUACAACAACAACAACAACAACAACAACAACAACAACAACAACGAGUGCGCAGAGAAGAUCCAGUGUCGUCUUCGACGACGCUUGCAACCACUGCCACAGCAACUGCCACAACAACCGGUGCGUAUGAGCCAGUGCCCACGCCACCUCCAGGCGGUGGUCCCCCGUUGUGCAUGCUGACGGCGUUGCUCCAAGGCAAUUGCACACCACCACUCGGUGCAAACACGCUCAGGAUCCAGUUUGACGCAAGCCCAGUAAACCCCGAGCCAAUUGUCUCCAAUCCUGCAACCGCAUCAACGCAGAACCUGCGCCAGCUUGCGACCCACAUGCGCCCAACAACGCUGCAGAUGCAAGGCACCAUCCUCCCUUCCGACUUGACCUGGGUCCUGGAGGGCGCAGCGUGGGAAGACGCCCACACCAUCACCAUCGCCGGCAUUGUUGGCAACACGUUUCAGCUGGCCUGGCUCAACCCGCUCCCGGCUCUGCUGCACGCGAACAUCACAGGCAACACCAUCAGCCAGUUCUCUGCUCACCCAUUUGCACGCUCAGCCCAGCUGGAAACGCUGGAUAUCAGCCGCAACCACAUUGCAUCACUCGACCGGUCCGGCGUCAACAACCUGAGGGCGCUGCGCGUCUUGAACGUGGGCCAGAACGACCUCACCUCCCUCUCCCAGCAUGCCCUGAUGUCCUUGACAAAUCUGGAGUGGCUCGAUCUUGCCAGCAACCAGCUGGCCAGCAUCCAACAGGGCGCUUUCGCGUUCAUGUCCGCCCUCACGUUCCUCACCCUGGCCAACAACCAACUCCCGUCCCUGCCUUCCUCCGUCUUCCAGCCCCUGGUCAACUUGAAUGUGCUCUUCCUCGACAGCAACCCCAUAACGCAGCUAGACGCCAACACAUUUGCUAGCCAGCGCUCCGUGACGUACCUCAGCAUCGUUGGCACACGCAUCACCUCCCUCCCGCCGAGCGUGUUUGCGUCCACCACCUCCCUCCAAGUCCUCCGCCUUACACGCAACCAGCUUAAGCACGUGCACAAGGACACCUUCGCCGCACUCACCCGCCUGCUACGUCUGGAUCUCACGGGGAAUCAGCUGGAAAUCAUUGAGCCCAUGACCUUUCGCGCGCUCUCGCAGCUUGAGGAGCUGUAUCUGAGCCGCAACAGCAUCGAGUCGCUGCCGUCUGGUCUCUUCGACCACCAGUCCAGCCUUGCCCUCCUUGGCCUGCAACAGAACAGGCUGCGCUCCUUGGCACGCGGCCUGUUCCACGGCUGCCCAAACCUGAAGCACCUCACCCUCAACGGCAACCUGCUGCAGAAGCUUGACAACGACGUUCUCGCCGACACGCCAAACCUGCACCGGCUCUUUGUUGCCGACAACUACCUCACCUCCUUCGAGGCUGCGUCGCUCCCCGCGCUCACCCUGCUCGAUCUCACCAGCAACCGCCUGCGCAAGGUGCCGCCGCUGCAGGGGCUGCCUGCCCUGCGCACGCUGCGGCUCAACAACCACUACAUCGCCGAUGCUGACUUCACACAGGGGCUCCUCAUCCCGUCGCUUCAGGUGUUUGAAUUUGCCGCAGCGCCAGACAUGCCCACGCCCGUUGCGCGUGUCAACUUCAUUGCCUUCCGUGGGUGGAACGCGUCGCACCUCACCUCGCUCGAUCUGCGCAACAUUGCGCUCCCGCGCGAGUUCCAGCACCUGACGCAGGGCCGCGGUCUGCGCCUGCGCAACCUGCACAUGGGCUGGCGGCACAUGAGCGAGGCCACAGCGCCCUUGCAGUUUGUGUGCAACGUCCUCCACUCGGACGUGCAGGAGUUCUCGCUCACCAACACGGGGUACCGCCACAUCAGCCUGUGCCCGGAUAAGCAGUUCCGUGCGCUCUAUUUCCAGGACAACCGCCAGCUUGAGUCUGUGCAUGUGCACGUGCCCUUAGCCCAGCUCAACGUGACCGGGUGCACCCGCCUCUCUGAGCUGCGUCUGCCCUCUGCUGAGAUCCUCGACAUUUCGCACACGAAGCUUCCGCCCAACCCCGCCCUGUGCACUUCCCGCGGUAGCCGCAUGCUCUUUGCGCGCGACCUGCUCAGCGACGAGUUUGGGUCGCCCGGCACAACGCGCGAGCUGCUGCGCCGCUGUCUUGCUAGCGUGGACGUGCUCGACCUCUCUGGCAACGGCUGGCUGGACCAGCCCGCCGUCGUUGCGGACGUUGUGUCCACCCCGACGCUGCUCACCGUUGACCUCUUCCGCGCUGAAGACUUUACGCAACUCCUGCCCACGCGCACCACCGCCCCCAUCUUCACGCUCGAGCGCACUCCCCUGUCAUGUGCCCUCGCCCUCAGCAACACGCAGGCCCGCCCCACCACCAAUCUCGAUGCCGUCGUCACGCAGAUUGCGUAUUCGUUUGCGUGCGGCUGCGGCCGCGGGCACCGCCUGGGCCGUGGUGGCCGCUGCGUUCCUGACCGUCUCACCUCGGGCGAGCUCGCAGCCAUUGUGGUGUCGUCGCUGCUGCUUGGAGCUCUUCUCACGUGGGGCCUUCGCUGGCUUCGUGCGCGGUACCAGCGGAGUCGCGCAUACCGCCUGCUGCUGGAGGAGGAGAACCAGCUCAACAAACUGCUGCUGGACGAGCACAAAGAGCAGGUGGCAGCCCUCAAGAGCGGGUGGCGCAUCGAGUUCUCGGAGUUGCGUUUCCACCACCGCAUCGACACUGCGUCGCCGGGCGUCUUUGGCGCCGUGUGGGAGGCGGAGUGGGACUCGGUUGUUGUUGCUGUCAAGUGCCUCAAGCACAGCAUGAUGAUGCUUGACCAGACGACGGUGCAGGAGUUUGAACAUGAGGUUGAGUUCCUGCAGACCACGCGGCACCCCAACGUCGUUCGCUUCUUUGGUGCCGGCACCGACACACACGGCGCGCCCUUCCUUGUGCUGGAGCUUGUUGCUCUCGGAUCGCUUGGCACGCUGCUGCGCAAGGACCUUGCCUCCGUGCUCGAUCACCAUCGCCUGUUGCUGGAAGAAGAAUCGCGUAGGAGGCGGCGGCGCCAGCGUGGCCACGAUGCCGAUGCCAGCGGCAUUGGUGUUGGUGGUGGUGGUGGUGCGAACAACGGCACGCAAGACGCGCUUGUCAAGUUUGACGGCAUUGCUGAGGCGAGCGCUGACGGUGCGGCGGUCGUCAGCGACGAGGAUGAGGCUGGCUCUGUCGCUUACAGCUCUGUGUGGGACCUCAAGGCGAAUCUCAUGCGUGAUGUGGCCCAUGGCAUGGCAUAUCUCCACUCCCGAGGCAUCGCACAUAGGGAUCUGAAGGGCGGUAACGUGCUUGUGUCGUCGCGGCUGAGGGCGAAGAUCACGGACUUUGGAUGCAUCCGCCAGUGCUUCACAAAGUCCACGGCGACAAGUGGCACUGCGCCACAAGAGGAAGCCCUGCCGCCUCAAGCCGGCACACCCGCAUACAUGGCACCGGAGGCCCUUGCCAGUGAGCGCGGUGUGCACUACGAUGAGAUGCAUGCUGAUGUGUUCAGCUUUGGCGUGCUGCUGUGGGAGACGGCGAUGCAACAGGAGCCGGAUCUCCUCAAGCAAGAACUCGGUGGCUUUGACGGCCCGCCGUCUCGCCUGCUGCUGCAGCUCCACUCCCUUCUCAAGGACGGCAAGCGCCUUCGCUUCACAGAGAGUUUGUGCCCGGCGUGGUAUGUGGAGCUGUCGGGUAUGUGCACGGCAUUUGAGCCGAGCGAUCGCCCCUCCUUCGAACGUGCUCUCGCCAUCUUCAGCGAGCACCUCGCACCUCCAGUCAUCGGUUGAUGUGUAUGAUGCGUUGUGUCCGUAUGUGUGUGUGUGUGUGUAUGUGCGCGUCGAAUGUGUGUCUUGUCUGCGAGUACCUAUGAAUGUAUGCAUGCAUGUGUGUGUGUGUGUGUGUGUGUGUGUGUGUGUGUG